AUGACCAUUUUGCUUGGUGAAGUUCCGCAACAAGAUGUUGCACGCUGGACUAAAUAUCCAGCAUGGCAUCCUAAUAUUAUCGAUUAUGAUCUUGAAAUAGCUGAUUCUAUAGUUUUAUUGGCAUUCAUACUUACUAGUUGUUCAGCUUAUCUUGGGUUAAAAUGGUCAUAUAAACAACCAAAAUAUAAAAAAUAUGUCACUUUUUUUUAUAAAGAUGAAAUAGCAACACCAACGACAGGUUUUAUUAUUUUAUUAUCCUAUUACAUAUUAAUAACUGGAUUGGGUGAAUUUACUUAUUGGACAUUAGACGUCGGUAAAUUAUGGAGUGUUACUGGUGUAUUACAUAAUGUAUUGGAAAUUGCGAUUUUAAUCUUGUUACAUAACGGAGGAAAAUUGAAAUCAAAUUUGACUUUUGCUUGGUUGGGAGGAUAUAUUUUAUUGGUUACUAUAUUAAGCAUGAAAUUAAAAUGGCCUUAUGACGGUAUUUGGUUUAAGAUCCAAGGACUUUGUUCAGAUUAUGCUUUAAUUAUUCAGUUUGUUCGUGUUUAUUUAUCAACACGUAAAAAUCUUCGAGAAGCAUAUGAUGAACAGCUUCCUUUAAACAAUCCAGUUUUACCCUCUGCUUCGCAAAAUAAGUUUUCUUAUGAUGAAUUUUUCCCAAAUAAUGUUUCUCAUCCGAAUCAGAUUAUAUUAUUGAUCUUAGGUUCUAUAACGCAUUUAAUUGGUAAUAUUGCAAAUAGUAUUUGGAUGCAAAGUGCCUUAGCGUUUUAUGUAUUUCAAUUAAGUUAUGUUGUAACUUGGCCUUUUUAUGCUUAUUAUAUUUUUGUUGAUACUCAUUGUGCUG